CUUCCAAAAUCGUCCUCUUUCAGUAUCAGCUUCAGAUACUCAAGCGCCACUUCCGGCUAUCCUAUCAAGACCUUACAAGCAUAUUCGAAACCCCCAUAUUAACAAACGAUGGCCGAACAGCAAGUCCAGCUCACAGACCUCAACCCCCUCCAACUGCAAGAAGUCAAGAAGCAGCUCGACCAGGAACUUGAACACCUGACGCAGUCUUACUCUUCUCUGAAGUCGGCGCAAGUCAAGUUCAACUCUUGUAUCGAGAGCGUCAAGGAGCUCAAACCCGACUCCAAAGGGAAGGAGGUCUUGAUCCCCCUGACGAGCAGUCUGUAUGUGCCCGGAAAGUUGACAGAUGUGGAGACUGUCGUAGUGGAUGUCGGUACCGGAUACUACGUCAAGAAGAACAAGUCCGAAGCCUCCACCCACUACGCCGACAAGGCCAAAUUCGUCCAAUCCAACCUCGAGACAUUACAACAAACGAUCGAGCGAAAGCAGGACAAUGCGCAGAGCGUGCAACAUGUGUUGCAAGCAAAGAUGCAGCAGGUGCAGCAGCAGCAGGCGGCGGAGGCUGCUAAGAAGUAAGGGGAUCAAGUUGGGUAGAGAGAGAGAGAGAUUUAUAGAGAUCUUUAGCAGACAUAUGCAUUGUAAUACUUGAUUGCCCUGAUAUAGUUUCUAGUCAAUGUAUACUAUGAUGAUUGA